UGGAGCUGGGGGGAGGGGAUGCUGCCCCCCACAUCCAGCCUACACCCUCUCUGCCCCCCGCCCGGCACGAGAAGCCAGAGCUCGCCAGUGCAGCCUCCCAGCGCCAGGGCGCCCAGGCUUUCACUCCUCUUGCCCCGGGAGAGCGGGGGGACAAGCUGCGUCUCACUGGCAUGAAGUGGGUCAGUUUUUCCAGCUCUGUUAAAUGGAGAGGUGUAGGCCACGGGACCCGAAACUAGAGUUGUAGAAGCAGCUUUGCCUCUCCUGGAAUUGACCCCUCCUCAUCUAUUGUUGGGAGUGGACAACAUCCACCCUGAUCAAAUUGGCCCUGACAACACUGGUUCUCCGCUUGCGAGCAUGCGCUUGGCACUGUGGUGGCUGCUACUAAGGCAUCUAAUGGGCUCCCUCAGCCUGGAGAUGAAUAUGACUUCUAUCGCAGUUUUCCUGGAUUUCGGGCAUACUGUGAAAUGCAAGGUGACAGGCUGCUUCACUGUAUGAGCAAGGUGAUGCAGUAUCAUGGCUGUCGCAGUCACAUCAAGGAUCGCAGCAAAGCAACAGAGCUGGAAGAUAAAUUUGAUUUGCUGGUUGACUCCAAUGAUGUAAUUCUUGAAAGAGUGGGUAUUUUACUGGAUGAAGCAGCAGGAGUGAACAAGAACCAGCAGCCUAUCCUCCCUGCUGGGAUGCAGCUCCCAAAGACAAUAGUUUCCAGCUGGAACCGUAAGAGCGGAGAAUCCCACAGAACAAAGUCUGAAACCUUCCGAUUGCUACAUGCCAAGAAUAUCACUCGACCACAGCUCAAAUUUCGAGAGAAGAUUGAUAAUUCCAACACUCCCUUUGUACCUAAGCUUUUUGUCAAACCCAAUGCUCUGAAACCAUUGCCUGAAGCACUUGCAAAAAGCAGGCAGGAGCGAAAGGAGCGUCCUGAGGACUUGGAUGUACCAGCUGCUCUGGCAGAUUUCCUCCAUCAACAGAGAACUCAGCAGACUGAACAAGACAUGUUUGCUCAUCCUUACCAAUAUGAACUGGAACACUUUGUUCCACCAGAUGAAACUCUCAAGAAACCACAACUCCAGAUGUACAGGCCUGUUGAGGAUGCACCCUGCCAUUUUAUCUCCACCUUGGAUGAGUUGGUAGAACUGAAUGAAAAGCUUGUAAGAUGCAAAGAAUUUGCUGUGGACUUGGAGCACCAUUCCUACAGGAGUUUCCUGGGCUUGACAUGUCUGAUGCAGAUUUCCACCCGGAUGGAAGAUUUCAUUAUUGACACUCUGGAGCUACGUAGUGACAUGUACAUUCUGAAUGAGGCCUUCACGGACCCUGCUAUUGUAAAGGUCCUUCAUGGUGCCGACUCAGAUGUGGAGUGGCUACAGAAAGAUUUUGGUCUGUACUUGGUGAACAUGUUUGAUACUCACCAGGCUGCCCGUCUCCUCAACCUUGGCAGGCACUCCCUGGACCACUUGCUAAAACUCUAUUGCCAUGUGGAAACUGACAAGCAGUAUCAGCUGGCUGACUGGAGGAUUCGCCCUUUGCCAGAGGAAAUGAUCCAGUAUGCCCGAGACGAUACUCACUACCUGCUCUACAUUUAUGAUGAAGUGAGAGAGGCGCUGUGGGAGAGAGGAAAUGGACAGCCCAUUCAGCUGCAGGUGGUGUGGCAGCGCAGCAGAGACAUCUGCUUGAAGAAAUACAUCAAACCCAUCUUCUCAGAGGACUCCUACCUUGAGCUCUACAGGAGACAGAAAAAGCAUCUCAACACGCAGCAGCUAACAGCUUUUAAAUUGCUAUUUGCCUGGAGGGACAAGAUGGCACGCCAAGAGGAUGAGAGUACAGGGUAUGUGCUACCAAACCAUAUGCUACUGAAGAUAGCAGAGGAGCUGCCCAAAGAACCCCCGGGCAUCAUUGCUUGUUGCAACCCGAUCCCACCACUAGUCCGCCAACAGAUCAACGAAAUUCAUCUCCUCAUCCAACAGGCCCGAGAGAUGCCUCUGCUCAAGUCUGAAACUGUAACAGCGGUGAAGAAGAAAGGGUCUCUGCCCAACCCAGAGAGGCUGGAGAAUCAUUUGUUUGGACCUCAUGACAAUUCUCGUGUUCCUCUGGAUGAUAUUCAGAACCUCUCAGCAUUAGAACCUGCACCAGUUCUGGAAUGUGGGAGCCUCUUUUCAGACAGCAACGGGGAGAUGGACAGCACAAGGAUAUUACCUAACUCCGCAUGUCUUGUUGCUACUGCAACCAUCAGUAUAUUCAGUGAGCCUGAUGUGAAUGAAGGGAAUGAGAAGAACUUAACAGUAGCACAGCAGAAAGCUCAACGCAUAAUGGAGUCCUUUGAAAAUCCGUUUAGAAUGUAUCUGCCUUCAGAACAGAACCCUGCCCACAUCUCACAAUCAGCAAAGUUUGACCCAUCAUCAAAAAUUUAUGAAAUCAGCAAUCGGUGGAAGUUGGUGAGUCAGGCACAACUGCAGAAGGAGGCAAAAGAAGAAGCCAAAAAGAAAAUAGUACAGCAGAGAGCUGCUCGUGAACAGGUGCAGAAAGAGUGCAAAGCAACAGCAGAAAAUAUUGUCUCAGUCCGUCAGCAAGCUGUGCAGGAACAGGCCAGCAAGAAGCGGGAGAGAAUCACCAAUGAACCAGGAACAGAGACACCAAAACAAGAGAAGAAACGGCCAAAAGCCUCCCAGGAGCCAGAGGAGCAGGAAAUGCCAAAGCAGUUCACCCCCUUUGAUUACAGCAAGUCUAACUUCAAAGUGUUCACUGGAAACAGCAAAUCCAAGCAGUCAUCCCAGUUUGAUCCAGCCAAGCAGGCCCACACAGGCAAGAAAUUCUCUGGAGCCAAUAAACUUCAACACCCAGCUGGAAAUAAAAGCAUGUCCUACCUGGCUGGGAAAAGUGAUCGGGGCUCCAGGCACAGCUGGCCAAAAAGAUAAUGUUUGUAAGAGAUCCUGUGGGAACUGCCACUGAACAAAAAAAAGUCUCUGUCAAGCUCUGGAGGGGCAAAUAUCAAUCACUGCUGCAGCUUUUUGUACAGAAAUCUUUUAAAAAUAAUUAAAACGCUUUUUCCAAAGGGGAAAACCAAUUUUAA